UUAGUUUGGAUCUUAAUUUAUUUCUAUCCAAUUAUAUUCUCAUCUUAAAUAUGAUAAUGUAUCCAAACACACAGAGGAACCCCCUGAUGAAGCAAUCCACGUGAGAUCCAUGUGACACUAAAGAUGGCGUUAAUUAAAGAGGAGAGUGAAGACCUGAAGAUUGAAGAAACAUUUAGAGUGAAACAAGAACAUACUGAGGAACAAACAGAUCUGAAGGUGCUGAAAGAGGAGACAGAAGUACUGCAUGGAAAUGAUGAGAAAGAUCACCAUUUCUUAACUGGAGAAAAAUCAAUUAGUUGCUUACAGACUGGAAAGACUUCCUCACAAAAAGGAGCUCAAAAGACAGAAACUAAAAGUUUCACCUGCCAACAGUGUGGGAGAAGUUUCAACAGAAAAGGAAACCUUAAUUACCACAUGAGAAUUCACACUGGAGAGAAGCCUUACACAUGUCCUCAAUGUGGGAUAAGUUUUAUUCAACGAGUCAUGCUUAAAAGGCACAUUAGAACUCACACUGGAGAGAAGCCUUUCACAUGCAAGCUGUGUGGGAAAAGUUUCAUUCGAAAAGGAUGCCUUAAAAGUCACAUGAGAACUCAUACUGGAGAGCAGCCUUACACAUGCCCUCAGUGUGAAAGGAGUUUUGCACAUAAACAGACUCUUAAUGCCCACAUUAGAAUUCACAGUGGGGAGAAGCCUUACACCUGCCAACAGUGCGGAAAGAGUUUCACUGAAAAUGGAAACCUUAAAGUGCACAUGAGAAUUCACACUGGAGAGAAGCCUUUUACCUGCCAACAUUGUGGAAAGAGUUUUAAUCAAAAAGGAAACUUUAAAGUCCACAUGAAAAUUCACAGUGGAGAAAAGCCUGCAAACACUUUGGAAAGAGCUUCACAGCAGAACUAAACAUUGGAUGUCACAUGAACAUUGACAACGGAGAGAGGCCAUUCAGAUGUGAUCCGCGGAAAGAGUUUCAGAUGUAAAAAUAACCAUAAAUUCUCACAAGAAGACUGAUGUUUAAUUGUGAUCAGUGUAAUCUUUUGCCAUCACACUUACAGAUACACCUGAUAAGUUAGGCUCCAUCCAGCACAGUCGUCGUGGGGCGCAGCCAUUUUUGUUUUCAUGAAGGCCCCCACGUGGGUUAUUCUAGAUGGGCUCAUGAAAUUAACACUAUUAAGUGUUGAUAUAAUGCACACUACAUAUUGAGUUGAUGAGAUCAUUAAAGGAGUAGUUCACUCACCCCCUUGUCAUCCAAGAUGUUCAUGUCUUUCUUUCUUCAGUCGUGAAGAAACUAUGUUUCUUGAGGAAAACAUUGCAGGAAUUAUCUCCAUAUAAUGAACUUCAAUGGUGCCCCCAAGUUUGAACUUCCAAAAUGCAGUUUAAAUGCAGCUUCAAAUGGCUCUAAAUGCAGCUGGGAAGAAGCUUAUCUAGCAAAAUGAUAAGUCAUUUUUUAAACAAAUUGACAAUUUAUAUAUAUAUUUAACCUCAAAUGCUCGUCUUGUCUCGUCACUGCGAUGUGCAUGCGUAGUCUGUGUAAUCCAAGUCAAUACAGUUAGGGUAUGUCUAAAAACUCCCAUCUCAUUUUCUUCAACUUUAAAAUCGUCCUACAUCGCUGUUUUACCUUUUUUAUAAAGGGUGAUUGAUCUUCUUUGCAUGUUCACUUCUUAAACACUGGGACUGUAGUUCUGCAGCGAUGUAGACAUGAACAUCUUGGAUGACAAAGGAGUGAGUAAAUUAUCUGUAAAGUAUUGUUCUGGAAGUGAACUAAACUUUUAAGUGCUGAUUGAGCAUUAGUGAUAAACACCUGCUGUUAACAUGCAGAAUCACUGAAGAGGAACAAGAAGAACAGAAAAAAAAAUAUGUUUUAUGGGUGAAGUAACAUCAACAAUCUAAUAUAUGCACCUUAAAAUUAUUGGGUGAGCAAUUUCUUUAAGCAUAUUGAAACCCAUUUUCCAUUUAAUUUGUAGUUCAGGAUUAAACCAAAGAGUGAGGAUUCAUUCAUUCAUCUCCAGGCCAUGUUUGACACAAUAUAAUAUUUUUAUUUUUUUUUUAUUUAAACUUUGUCAGGUGCUGAAAAAUAGCCCCUUUUACAUCCAGCAGAAAUACAAACUCGAAGGCAGUCAUAAGUGAUGGCGGGUUUCGGCCAUCCUAUAUCGAGAACCAGUAUCUGAUCCAAAAGUCUGAAGGGGGAAUGUGCUUCUGAUUAGUUGAAUGUACAUGGUUUAACUUCAGCAGUUUUAAAGUUUGUUUUUAGUCCCAUAUUUUAGUUUCCUUUAAAUACAGUGAUGCCUUUAAUAUAUUUUUCAGAAAUAAACAAUGUUGAUUUGUUCACUGAGACAAACUACCUUGUUUUCAUUAUGCUUUCUCACUUGGGAAAAUGUGCCCUCAAGCCCUAUCACUUCUGUUAUGUAUGACAUACAAUAAGUAAAAUAAGCUCACACAAAGACAUCUUUCGAUAUUCUUCUUCAUCUCUUUUCAAUGUGUUUUUCUUUAAUUCAUCCCCAAUGUUACAACAUCGU